UAUUAGCUUCUUCCAUGGAAGUUAUCUCACUGGGAAGUGCUGACCUCCUGGCUUUUUCCUCCUGGUAGGUCUACAACAGCAAGGAAAUGUCUCGCGAGCUACAGGACGUGGACCUCGCCGAGGUGAAGCCUCUGGUGGAAAAGGGGAAGACCAUCACUGGCCUCCUGCAAGAGUUCGAUGUUCAGGAGCAGGACAUUGAGACCCUACAUGGCUCCCUGCAUGUCACACUGUGUGGGACCCCCAAAGGCAACCGUCCUGUCAUCCUCACAUAUCACGACAUUGGCAUGAACCACAAGACCUGCUACAACCCCCUCUUCAACUCUGAGGACAUGCAGGAGAUCACACAACAUUUUGCUGUCUGCCAUGUGGAUGCCCCUGGCCAACAGGACGGUGCCCCUUCCUUCCCAGUGGGGUACAUGUACCCCUCAAUGGAUCAGCUGGCUGAAAUGCUUCCUGGAGUCCUUCACCAGUUUGGGCUCAAGAGUGUCAUUGGCAUGGGGACAGGAGCUGGUGCCUACAUCCUGACCCGCUUCGCACUCAACAACCCUGAGAUGGUGGAGGGCCUCGUCCUCAUGAAUGUGAACCCCUGUGCAGAAGGCUGGAUGGACUGGGCUGCCUCCAAGAUCUCAGGAUGGACCCAGGCCCUGCCAGACAUGGUGGUGUCCCACCUCUUCGGCAAGGAGGAGAUACAUAACAACGUGGAGGUAGUGCACACAUACCGCCAGCACAUCCUCAAUGACAUGAACCCCAGCAACCUACACCUAUUCAUUAGCGCCUACAACAGCCGGAGAGACCUGGAGAUUGAGCGGCCGGUGCCUGGAAGCCACACCGUCACCCUGCAGUGCCCUGCUCUACUGGUGGUUGGGGACAACUCUCCUGCCGUGGAUGCUGUGGUGGAAUGCAAUUCUAAAUUGGACCCCACGAAGACCACCCUGCUCAAGAUGGCAGACUGUGGUGGCCUCCCUCAGAUCUCUCAGCCCGCCAAGCUUGCUGAGGCCUUCAAAUACUUUGUGCAGGGCAUGGGCUACAUGCCCUCUGCCAGCAUGACUCGCCUGAUGCGGUCCCGCACAGCCUCUGGCUCCAGCGUCACAUCCCUGGAGGGCCCCCGUAGCCGUUCCCAUACCAGCGAGGGCCCCCGCAGCCGCUCACACACCAGCGAGGGGUCCCGUAGCCGUUCCCAUACCAGUGAGGAUGCCCGUCUCAACAUCACUCCCAACUCGGGUGCCACCGGGAACAAUGCUGGGCCAAAGUCCAUGGAGGUGUCUUGCUAGGCAGUCUGUGCCUCAGUCAUCCUGGACUGGUGGUUUCCCCCCUUAGCCCCCAACCCCUGCCUGCCA